GGCUCGCCUCCUUCUCCAAGGCGAUCAAUAGGAUCUCAGGCGCUCUACAAGCACUCUCUUACGUAGACAUCCACCAAGGAGAGAGCCGAUACAACAACACGGUUGAUCUGCUCAAACACACAAAUCUACCUGCUUUCUGAAUCAUGUCGUUGAGCCCAAAGCACACUACGCCUUUUUCAGUGACAGAUAUUUUGAGUCCAAUCGAGGAGACCUACAAGAAGUUUAGUGGCAUGGACGGCGCAGGGAACCUAACCUCUCCACUGGGAGCCUACCGACAGCCUCAGGUGUCUCAGACCGGCAUGCAACAGCACUCUAUGGGCCAUAACGCCACCGUGGCUACCACUUACCACAUGCCGCACACCGUCUCCCAGUUCUCCCACAGCGCUAUGGGGGGAUACUGCAAUGGAAGCAUUGGCAACAUGGGAGACCUCCCGUCGUACCAGGAAAGCAUGCGGAAUAGUGCAGCAGCAACAGGGUGGUACAGCGCCAACCCUGAUCCAAGAUACUCCACAAUUUCUAGAUUCAUGGGACCUUCCACAGGUAUGAACAUGUCCGGCAUGGGGGGCCUCUCAGGAAUGGCGGACCCAUCCAAAUCCAUGCCAGUUCUCCACGCUGCGCCCAGGAGGAAACGGCGCGUCCUGUUCUCGCAGGCUCAGGUCUACGAGCUGGAGAGGAGGUUUAAGCAGCAAAAAUACCUGUCGGCGCCUGAGAGAGAGCACCUGGCCAGCAUGAUCCACCUGACGCCGACCCAGGUGAAAAUCUGGUUUCAGAACCACCGGUACAAGAUGAAGCGCCAGGCCAAGGACAAGGCAACGCAGCAGCUGCAGCAGCAGCAACAGGACGGUAACCUGUGCCAACAGCAGGCGCAGUCCCCGAGGCGCGUGGCCGUGCCAGUUUUGGUCAAGGACGGUAAACCGUGCCAGAACGGAUCCAACACGCCGACGCCGAACCAACAACAGGUACAACAGAGCCAACAACAAAGCCAACAACAGAACGGAGCCGGAGUUGUGCUCGCAUCCCCGACCAGCAGCCUCACCCAGCAUCAGAGCCAGCAGCAGGUGAACGCUUUGGAGCUGGAGGAGAUGUCGCCCAGCCCCCCGUCACUGCACAGCCAGCUCAACAUGGCCCAGAUAGACACAUCUGCUGUAGAUUACACCAGUAACAUGGUCAGCUCAAACCUCCUCUACGGCAGAACGUGGUAGGACUUAAUACAUACUGUCACUUUCCACUUUUUCUAUGUGAACCUGCGGAUGAGCCCACGAGCAAAACAAUAUUCAUAAAUA